AUGCGAAGACCACCAGUAGCGGCAGUGAACGAGAAGAACAUAACCUCCUUCGCAAAAGCGGACCACAUCGUAUUUAUUGGUCAAUUUUCCGACGACGAUCGUGUCCUCGAAGAACUCUACAAGGACAUAGCACACCAAUACCGUGACCGACACUCUUUUGCUAUUGGUCCAGUUGUACCCAGAGGCUCGUCGUCUCUGCAGUGUAUCAACAACGCGAAUCAGGAACAAACCUCCACCACUCAUUUGUCAACCCCAUCAGCAAUCGAGAAUUUCGUCAAGCAGUGUGCACGGCCUUUGGUCCCUGAUCUAACUAGACGGAAUGAAGCUGAGUAUAUGCGGGUGGGCAAGAGUAUCGUGCAUUACUUCGUAUCCACCGACGAGGAUCGCGACGCCUACGUAGCUGAUAUCAAGCCCCUAGCCAAGAAGCUCAAAGAUUACCUUAUCUUCGCAACCACGGAUGUCAGCCAAUAUCCUGAGAUGCCUGCUGCAAUGGGUCACCAGGUCGCGUCGACAAAGGUACUAGCAGUGUCAAGCCCCAGCACCGGCGGUGUCUAUCCAUAUAGGGGAAACAAGAAUUUAACCUCUGUUGUCGUCGAGGCUUUCUUGAAUGAUAUCAGUGCUGGCAAGGUCAAGCCGUGGGAUGGCAUGACUACAGCUGAAGAUGGGGGAAUCAAGCAUGAGGAGCUGUGA